AUGGUUGCUUUCUCUUCUCUCUUUGUGGUUCUCGCAGCCGCUGUUGGGGCCUUUGCCCUUCCCGGCGAGUUGAUCAAGCGCCAGUCAACUCCAAGUUCUACUGGUACUCACAACGGGUACUACUAUUCUUGGUGGACCGAUGGCGGCUCUCCAGUCACUUACACGAACCUCGAAGGAGGGAAGUACAGCGUGGUCUGGCAGAGUGGCGGCAACUUCGUGGGUGGAAAGGGAUGGAACCCAGGUGGUCCCAGAACCAUCACGUACUCAGGUACCUACAGUCCCAAUGGUAACAGCUACCUUGCCGUGUACGGCUGGACCAGAAACCCCCUCAUCGAGUACUAUGUCGUUGAGAACUUCGGCACCUACAAUCCGAGCUCUGGUGCAACGAGAAAGGGAUCCGUGACGAGCGACGGCGGGACCUACGACAUUUAUGUCAGUACCCGAACUAAUGCCCCGUCCAUUGAGGGCACCAGAACGUUCCAGCAGUACUGGAGUGUCAGACAAAGCAAGCGUACCGGCGGAACUGUCACCACUGGCAACCACUUCAAUGCCUGGGCUUCGGUUGGAUUGAACCUCGGAUCUCACGACUACAUGAUUGUUGCUACGGAGGGAUACUUCAGCAGCGGCUCUGCUACCAUCACCGUCGGCGGCUCUGACGGUGGCGGCGGUACCAGUCCACCCCCAACCGGCAACCCUCCUCCCAGCAGCGGAGGCGGAAGCUGCGCUGCCAAGUACGGCCAGUGUGGUGGCUCUGGAUGGAGCGGAUCUACCUGCUGCGCGUCUGGUUCUACUUGCCAGGCAGCGAACCAGUGGUACUCGCAGUGUCUCUAA